AUGUUGCUUCUUAUUCUGAUGGCUAUUAUGAUUAUAAGUGGUGGUGCACAGUUGGACGAAGCGGCCAGCUGUGACACCAGUGAGUUGAAAUUAUGCGUCGAAAUGAUUCCUCACACUCCCGUCGGCCUUCCAAGAAACAAGGCCGAACUCGACGCCCAUUGUGGGGCUUAUCAGACGGGAAUGUCGUGUAUGGACGCCUGGAUCAAACGCUGCUUGCCCACUGAUGGACAGAAGUUUAUCCAACAGCAAAUAGGAGGCGCACGGGCUCUGAUGCGUUUCCUUUGCUCGAAUGGAACUGCCCUAAGGAGAGAGUUUUUGAAGGAGACAAAAUGUUGGGCGAUGGUAUCGCCCGACUGGUCGCGUUGCGUGGACGAAUUGCACAUAGCAGUUCGGGACAUCGUUGAUCGUUCACAACAGCUUGCUUACUUCAGCAAGAACUCGGAACUAUGUUGUGCCCGCGAAGACUUCGUGUCUUGCGUUGCUCACGCGGGUCGCUCUUGCUCCGACAACGCUGCCACGUUGCUCAGGCGUAUGGCAUGGGUGCUGGCACAGGACGUGGCCACCUGCAGCCAGCAGCCACGCGUGCACUGCGCCGCCUCCGCGCCGUACGCAGCGCCCCUGCUCACUCUCACCGGUAUCGUCCUUUAUCGUUCUCGAUUG